CGAACCGUGGGCGCGGCGCGGCGCGGGACUCCGGCGGGCGCUGCUGGCUCUACCUCUCACCACUGCAUGAAUGGACAUUUGAAAGUGCCGUCGUAAAAUGCUUGCAAGCAUGGAGACCUCAUCGAUGCUGUCCUCCUUGAAUGAUGACUGCAAAUCUGACAACUACAUUGAACCUCAUUACAAGGAAUGGUAUCGAGUAGCCAUCGAUACACUGAUUGAACAUGGGUUAGAAGCGUACCAAGAAUUUCUUGCCAAAGAACGAGUUUCAGACUUUCUAGCUGAAGAAGAAGUUAAUUAUAUUUUGAAAAAUGUCCAGAAGGUUGCACAGAAUACAGCGCAUGGUACUGAUAACUCCUGCGAUGAUACCUCAUCAUCAGGGACUUACUGGCCUAUUGAGUCUGAUGUGGAAGCUCCGAAUCUUGACCUGGGUUGGCCAUAUGUGAUGCCUGGAAUCUUAGGGGGUACCCAUAUAGAACUCCUCUUUCAUCCACCAAGAGCACACCUACUUACAAUAAAGGAAACUAUUCGGAAGAUGAUAAAGGAAGCAAGAAAGGUCAUUGCUUUAGUAAUGGAUAUAUUUACAGAUGUGGAUAUUUUCAAAGAAAUACUGGAGGCAUCGACUCGUGGGAUAUCUAUAUACAUUCUGCUUGAUGAGUCCAAUUUUAAUCAUUUUUUAAAUAUGACUGAAAAACAGGGAUGUCAAAUACAGCGUCUCAGGAAUGUUCGAGUACGGACAGUGAAAGGACAAGAUUAUCUUUCAAAAACAGGAGCUAAAUUCCAUGGAAAAAUGGAACAGAAAUUUUUAUUAGUUGACUGCCAGAAAGUAAUGUAUGGCUCUUACAGCUACAUGUGGUCAUUUGAAAAAGCUCAUCUCAGUAUGGUUCAGAUAAUCACAGGACAACUUGUUGAGUCUUUUGAUGAAGAAUUUAGAACUCUCUAUGCCAGAUCCUGUGUUCCCAGUUCAUUUGCUCCAGACGAAUCAGCAAGGGUGAAGCAUGGCAAAACACUCUGGGAGAAUGGCUCUUACCAGCGUUCGCUGUCCUCAUUAGCUUCCGUUUCCAGCCAGCGCAACCUUUUUGGUAGGCAAGACACCAUACAUAAACUAGAUUCUAGUUACUUGAAAAACAGAGGGAUAUAUGCUUUAAACGAGCAUGACAAGUAUAACGUAAGAAAUCUCGGGUACAAACCUCAUUUUAUUCCAAACUUUAAUGGUCCAAACACAAUCCGUCAGCUUCAACCCAGUCAGCUAAAUGAAAAUUGGAAAAGGCAUAGUUAUGCUGGGGAGCAGCCAGAAACAACACCGUAUUUGCUGCUUAAUAGGACUCUGAAUCGAACCAAUCAUCCACCUGGUAAUUGGAAAAGGCCAUCAGAUAGUCUCAGUGUGGCAUCUUCAUCACGGGGAGGCUACACAGGCCACCAUAACACUCCGGCUCAAAGUUUUGCUGAUCGACUUGCUCAGAGAAAAACAAAUCUUCCAGAAAGAAAUUCAAAUGUGCGAAGGUCUUUUAAUGGAACUGAUAAUCAUAUUCGGUUUUUGCAACAACGAAUGCCAACCCUUGAGCAUACCACAAAAUCGUUCCUACGUAACUGGAGAAUUGAAUCUUAUUUAAAUGAUCAAUCAGAAGCUCCCCCUGAUUCCAGUGGAUCGGCCUUGGGUGACCGGUUUGAGGGCUAUGAUAGUCCUGAGAAUUUGAAAGCCAAUGCUCUUUACACUCAUUCUCGACUUCGUUCCUCUUUUGUGUUUAAACCAACUUUACCUGAGCAACAGGAAGUUAACAGCUGUACAACUGACUCCUCAAAUUCAACUAUCACUGGUUCCCAGGGAAGUGAUACACCUAAAAAGGUCCCAGACAUCCCUACAAGUGUAGAGCAUUCAACAGACAAGCCUAUGCCAGAAUCAAUCCCCAAGCUACAGCCACAAUCAGAAGCACCAAAAAUGCAUGCCUUGCAGAUUUCUGAAAAUCACUCAGCAGUUUCAAACCAAACUACAAAUGGUCAUACAGAGUCCAAUAACUAUAUAUAUACAACCUUGUGUUUGAAUAAGCAGACAGAAAAUCUAAAGAAUGAACACAAUGAGAACCUGCUUAAAAGGCGAAGUUUCCCAUCCUUCGAUCACUCUAAAGCUAAUUUAGCUCAUGGAAAUAGUAAGCAUUAUGUAUACAGCACACUUACCAGGAAUCGAGUUAGACAACCAGAAAAACCCAAAGAAGAUAUGUUGAAAAGUUCUAAAAGCAUGCACAAUGUGACCCAUAAUACAGAGGAAGAAGAGGAAGUAGACAGGAGAGCCCCUCCCAGUAGCACUGCUACCAAAUCAAUCUCCAUUGCUGCUUUACUUGAUGUGAAUAAAGAGGAACCCAACAAAGAACUCACUUCCAAGAAGGAAGGUAAGGGUUCCCCAAGUUUUUUGAAGAAGGGAUCUCAAAAAUUGAGGUCCUUACUUAGCCUUACCCCCGAAAAGAAAGAGACUCUAUCAAAGAAUAAAGCACCUGCCUUCUACAGAAUGUGUAGUAGUUCUGACACUUUAGUUUCUGAGGGUGAAGAGAAUCAAAAGCCAAAGAAAUCAGAACACAAAAUUGAUUCAUCUCCUAGAAGAAAGCGUUCUUCCUCAUCAAAUUCUCAAGGCAGCAUUCACAAAAGUAAGGAAGAUGUAACAGUUAGCUCAUCUCUGGGAAUAAAUUCUCCGUCAGAUGAAAAUAAUAAAAUAAUUCCUUCUGCAGCUCCAGUUGAAAGGAAGUUCUUAGAAAGGGUAGGAGAUGCUUCUGCCCCAAGGUUUAACACAGAACAGAUCCAAUACCGAGAUCCAAAGGAGAUUCAUGCGGUUGUUGUUCCUGAAAGGAGGUCAACUUCUUCUCCAAGGCCAAAGCCCAGUGAGAUCUUAAGAACUCAUUCAACUGACCGGCGUGUUUACAGUCGUUUUGAGCCCUUCUGUAAAAUUGAGAGCUCCAUUAAGCCAACAAGCAACAUGCCAAGUCCCAGUAUAAACCGCCGAGAAAUUAAACCCACAACUAUGGGCAACAGUUACGGCAGGUCCAGUCCAAUGCUUAAUUACAACCCUGGUGUUUACCACUCAUAUCAACCAAAUGAAAACAAGUUCCGAGGAUUUAUGCAAAAGUUUGGAAAUUUUAUAAACAAAAAUAAAUAAAAUGCUGUAAUGUCAAAUGUCUAAUAAAAAUUAAAAAGCAGCUAUAAAAUUUUAUUAAAAACCUGUAGUUUCUUUAACAUGCCAGUAGGCUUCUGUAGGGGCAGAAUUAUAGUUGUGAUGUAUAUGUUCACUAGUGUGCUAGUGUGCAGUAAAGUUAUUGUUCUGACAAAGUUAAUUGUACUUAAUUACACUGUAGAUGGACUGUCUCUGUAAAGAUAGUAUUUCUCAAUGAUAAUGGCAAAAAAAAUGGAUCCAAUUAAAUUGUUUUCUUUAGACUAAAAAUUU